AACUAGCUAGAAAGGUCAAAGGUCAGCAAUACACAGACCUGGGUCAUGAGUUUGGAUCAUACUUUAACCUACUACUACUCUUAGGGAUUUAAAAAAACCCUUUAGAACUUGGAGUCCUCCCUGCUCAGUGCUGGAAGGUGCAAGAUUCUAGAUGAAAAUCAUACCAGAAUGCAAUUUUUGCUUCUUGGAAAUCAAGGUAAACAAUUUCCUCCCUCACUGCUCUGUCACAUGUUUCUUUACUACAAUAGUUUGCACCUCAGAUAUGCCAAUUUGGUUUAAGAAAAACCCUGGCACCUUAUUCAAGAUUCAUAAGAUUUAUAUACCUGGGAGAUUAACAUGUUUCUUAACAUUUUUUUCUGUGCUGCAGAUGCAAUGGAUCAACUUGAGCAGAGAGUAAAUGAAUUUUUUAUGAAUGCAAAGAAAAACAAACCUGAAUGGAGAGAAGAACAAAUGACAUCAAUCAAAAAAGACUAUUAUAAAGCUCUGGAAGAUGCAGAUGAGAAAGUACAGUUGGCAAAUCAGAUAUAUGACUUGGUAGAUCGUCACUUGAGAAAGCUGGACCAAGAACUAGCUAAAUUUAAAAUGGAACUUGAGGCAGAUAAUGCUGGAAUUACAGAAAUAUUAGAAAGGCGUUCUCUGGAAUUGGAUACACCAUCUCAACCUGUGAAUAACCAUCAUGCUCAUUCACAUACUCCAGUAGAAAAAAGGAAACAUAAUCCGUCUUCUCACCAUAGUACUACAGAUCAUGUUCCUGAAAAGAAGUUUAAAUCUGAAGCCCUUCUGUCUACACUUACUUCAGAUGCCUCUAAAGAAAAUACACCGGGGUGUCGAAACAGUAAUUCAUCAUCCUCUUCCAACAAUGCAUACAAUACAAACUCUUCUCAGCCAUUGACAUCAUAUAACCUGGGCUCAUUAUCUUCAGGAUCUGGAGCCGGUGCUAUUACCAUGGCAGCAGCUCAAGCAGUACAAGCCACAGCACAGAUGAAGGAAGGAAGAAGAACAUCCAGCCUGAAAGCCAGCUAUGAAGCCUUCAAGAACAAUGACUUUCAACUUGGUAGAGAAUUUUCAUUAUCAAGAGACUCGUCUGGGUAUUCAUCAUCAGCUUUGGCAUCUACAUUAACACAGACACUAGGUUCAUCAAACACGGAUUCACGGAGUGGUCGAAAAAGCAAAAACAAUAAUAAGUCUUCAAGCCAACAGUCCUCGUCGUCUUCCUCCUCCUCCUCUUUGUCAUCGUGUUCUUCAUCAUCUGCUUUAGCACAGGAACUAUCGCAGCAAACAGCAGUAAUACCAGAAUCUGAUUCUAACAACCAAGCUGACUGGACCUAUGAUCCAAAUGAACCACGCUACUGUAUUUGUAAUCAGGUAUCGUAUGGUGAAAUGGUGGGCUGCGAUAACCAAGAUUGUCCUAUAGAGUGGUUCCAUUAUGGCUGUGUUGGACUGACAGAGGCUCCAAAAGGAAAAUGGUAUUGUCCACAAUGUACUGCUGCAAUGAAGAGAAGAGGCAGUAGACAUAAAUAAACUUCAUUUGGAAAACAAAGUACAUACUAAAGAUUUUAUAGAGGACUUAAUAAAAGAAAACAAAACACUUCUCUGCAACCACUUAAAAGAUUUAGCAGUCAUAAGAUAUUGAACUAUUACUUUUGCUAGUUGUGUUUUAAUAUUGUAAGUAAAUUAUUUAUGCACUAUUGAUGUGCUACAAAUAUUCCAGUUGGCUUUGGAUUGUUCCAGUGGCCAACAUAUGCAGACAUUUGUACUCUCCAACCAUUUUCUCUAAGCAGUGGGCAUUCUACAAUAAUUCAGUCUUCAAAGGAUUCUAAGUGAAGAUUUUAAAUGUAUGUUUUAUAUUCAACAGACAUUCUGCUGCAUGUACUGUACUCAAGAGCUGUUAUGUUACAUUAUGUAUAUAAAUGGUGCAAAAAAGUCAGUGCUUCUAAAAAAGAGAGACUAUAAGACAAUGGUUUUUAAAUGCCUUUAUAGCUUUGUUUCUUUUGUGAAACUAAAUUCAGCAGGCUGAAGAAAAUGGUUCUUGUAUAAAGCGGGCUGGUGUCCUCUGGAGUACAUGGGUACAUAAAAACAAACCUCUUUAGAGAAAAUACAAACUUGUGCCAUUAGUCUUUAUAUGUUUCUGCCCCAAACAGGGUGCAGGUCAUAAGAGAAAGGGUGUUAAAGUGAUGAUAAAUUUUUUAUACCAAAUGUGUUUAUUUUUUUGUGCAAGUAAUCCUUUAAAUUGGAAUUGUAUUAGGUGUUAAAAUAAAAAGGAAAAACCCUCAAAUGCCAAUAUUGAUGCUUUGCAUACUUUGUCAGAAAAAAAUAAAACCUUAGAAUUUACCUGU